AAUGGGGUGAACAAGAGAGGCAAAGGUGGCGCCACCAAACGUCAAACCAGCUCCAGUAGUUGGUAUGUAGAGGAGAAUCAACCAAUCAGUGAACCCCCUCAGAGUAAUCCAGCGGAACAAACCAAUGGGGAUAAAUAUGCCCUGAAAUCAUCUGGUUCCAUAGAUUCCUAUUCAAACCCGGAACCUGCGAAAAGGAAAAACAAAUCCACACCCACUGAAACCAUUCAGAACCCUGACAAUGAAUAUAAUUAUGGUAAAGAAAAUGUUCAUGAGGCCACCCCCGUUUAUGAUACCCCUAAAACAAGCAAUUAUGACAGCCCUGUAUAUAGUGACGCCGAUAUGAGAUAUGAGACCCACUCAUCAUCUUCGACGCACCGUGUUGAAUCUACGCAUUAUGUGACAAAUCAUUAUGAUGAUGAAGAGGGGACUUAUGCAAACAUCCAACUAACUAAAGGAGCAGGGGUAGCUGUGAGAGCAAUAUUCGACUACUACAGUCAAGAGGAGGACGAACUUACAUUAAAAGAAGGUAAAACUAAACUAUUAAUUAGUUGUAAAAGAUUUCCUUUGUGAAAAUAACUUUCUUUUCUGCACAUUUGCAUGUUGUGUGUCUGGUAUUAUAACUUCUUUGUGGCAUGUUACUAACAUAAACUGACAUAUUUCCAUGAUGCAUGUUUACUAUCCCAAUAUAUUUAACUCGAGAUAUGUGACUGAAAGUGAUCAGGGAGAUAUUGUACAGUACUGUAACAGGCCCAUAGCCAGCUUUUG